AUUGUCAGAUUUAUACUUUAAAAGAGCAGUUCGAAUUGAUUACACAAAAUAUUGAUUCUGAGAAAUGCGAGUUUUUGAAACAAUUUUUAUCAUUUGCUAUAUUUUUAUCGAACUAAAGGCUGUUGAUCUUGAUGGCACUGCAAAGAAUAUUAUAAGUGGAACCGGUAAUUUUGGCAAUGUUCAAAUAAGCACCGACUUAAAAGGAAUGGUUAGUCAAAUAUUUACGGAAAUCCGAAAGGAUGUACACACAGGAAAAACGGGUACAGUACAAUCUUCGAAAGCUGUUGACCCUACCGAUAAAACAAGUCCUCAUAAAGUGCAACAUACGAAAGGAGUACAUGGUUUAAUAAAAAAAAGUUCUUCAGAUCCAGUAGAUGAAAGUACAAAUAAAUUCUUGCAGUCAUUGUUCGUGUAAAGGUCAAACUUUUAAAGGAGUCUAAUAGAUUUCAAAACCCCACUAUUAUUUUGAAAAUUAAGUUUAAAGAAUAAUGAAUCAAAUAAAUAAUACAAAUAGUCCUAUGUUCAGUUUACAGACUAGCCUAAUCUA